UCCGGUCAGCUGACAGUGUGUCAUAUGUGUUUGCAAACACAAGUACUGUGGCUCCAUGCCUGCUCCGUCCACUCACACCACACACCGCCGCGGUCAUGGGAGAAAAUGAUGAAAGCGAAAUAAUCGAGCACCACGAUGACGAGGAGAUGGAGAAGACGCGGACGCCCAGGUAUCACGCGCACUCCUUUCUGGAGAGCGUCGCGUCGUCGGAGAAAGACGGAUACAGCAGCACGCAGUCGUCGCAUCGCCUGCUCGCCUACAGCGACGCGCUCAUCUCCAUCAUCGCCACUGUAAUGAUAUUGCCUGUUGCACAUACAAAGUUUCAGGAUAAUGAGGAACUGAAACAGAGUAUUCAGGCUUUGCUCACCACUAAGGUUGCCGUCUACUUGAUGACUUUUUUGAUUGUCACUGUUGCUUGGGCUGCACAUAUCCGGUUGUUUCAAGUCAUCAAGCGCAUUGACGACACUCUUGCUCUGCUUAACCUGGCAUGUAUGAUGCUUAUAACCGUUUUACCAUACACAUUUUCUCUCAUGGCAACAUUCCCUAGUAAUACUCUGGGCAUCCUCCUGUUCUGUGCAUGUGUCAUGGUGAUUGGUUUAAUUCAGGCCACGAUUGUCUUGUAUGGAUUCAGCCGUCCUUUCUUCCUCAAUGAUCAGAUCCAAAUGUCUGGGAAUCAGGCUUAUUACAAGCGACACAUCCUUGAAGUCAUCAUGAGGGUUCCUAUCAUGUGUCUGUUUGCCAGCAUAUUUUCAUUCAUCUAUAUCCAACUGUCCUACAUCAUUUUGGCUAUUGUCAUAUUCCUGCCUUACAUCUCUCAGUGUUUAAAAUGGAUCUGGAAUAAAGCCAUCGGUCAGGUGGAAGACCGUCCAGAUUCAGUGCCCUUCUACACCUACCACCCCAGUGAACCUUUGAGUAAAGAGCGAGUGGAGGCGUUCAGUGAUGGGGUGUAUGCAAUCGUAGCCACGCUGCUCAUCUUAGACAUUUGUAAAGACAACGUGCCUGAUCCAUCAGUGGUGAAGGAGGAGUUUAAUGACAAACUCCUCGCUGCGCUUCAGGAGUACGGUCCCGAGUACCUGGCUUACUUCGGUUCCUUUGUCACCAUAGGCCUGCUGUGGUUUGUUCAUCACUCUCUCUUCCUGCAUGUGACCAAGGCCACUCGCCUCAUGGGCCUGUUCAACACGUUCUCGCUGGCCUUCGUGGGCGGCCUGCCGCUCGCUUACCAUCUCACGCAUGAAUUUCCCAGAGGCUCCCUCAACGAGCUGGAGGCCGUGCAGAUCAGCUGUGUCAUCAUCUUCUUCGCCGGUCUGUUCCAGCUUGCGAUUUGGGUAACGGCACUUUUCACGCAGCAUGAGACAUUGCACCCGUAUGUGCGCUACGGCGGUCGAGAGCACGCCUUUAUGUUGGCCAAGCUCUCACUCUACCCCUGCGUGGCACUCGGAUCUUUUGCCUUCACCUGCAUCCUGAGCCGCUUCAGCACGUCCAUCUUUCAUAUGAUGGAGAUUGGCGUACCGUUUGCUUUCAUUUUACUGAGGUUGCUGGUCCGUGUGGUGCUGGCGGCGCUCAGAUGGCUCUUCUGUCCUGUGAGGAACGACUUGGAUAGUGUUCCAGUAGAGGAAGAGGACUCACAGCUGCCUAUUAAUGAUAUAGUGACUUAGCAGUGAACAAAGAAGAAAACACCUCAAUGUUCGACAUAAAAUCAAUGUUAGGCUCUAUUGUUUCUAAUUAAUACUACAGCCGACAGCUUUGUGCUGUAGAAGACGUCCAUAUCGGUCAAAUCUUCUCUCAUUUGGUAAAAUAGACUGUGAAAGUGAUCCAAAGUCUUCAUGAUGAGUCUUCAGCAUCAAAGCUGUGGUCCAAGAAGAGCUGAAGAGUUUUUGUUCACCUUACAGAAAUGCACAAAAAAGUUUUUUUGUUUGCCUUUUAAUGUUUUUAUGUUCAUAUUUUAAUGUUUAUUAAAUUACACCUCUUUCACACAGUGCGAACUACAAACGUUUUUUAGUUUAUGUUCAGUUAUGUUGGUUUUACUAUUACAUUUAUAUCCUGGUUUUUAAUUUAAAUUAUUUAGACUUUUGCACUUAACUAUGUAAUUCAUGCUUUUCUUCUGGAGCAGCAAUUCAGGUCUUUUAAUUCUCUAGUAGAGGAAAUCUUUCAUAUAACUUCAUAAAUGUCCAAAACAACAUGCAUUACAUCAAGGUUUUUGUAAUGCUCACAUAAAGCUCUUCUUCGUUUCAUGUGGCAAUGAAACUGCUGAUGCACCUUAGAUUAAAUAAUGAUGCCAAUGUUGCACUUACAGUCUGAUCUGAAUGGCAUUUAAAAUUACGUUUUGUUAGACUUUCAUCUAAAUGUUAUUACUAUACUGCAAGAUGUUAUUUGUAAAGUGUACUUGUUUUUUAUUGUCAUUUUAAGUUCUUUUUUUUGUAGUCUGUGUCAGUUCAAAUGUUACUGUUUACAAUUUUGAGAAUAAACUCCAUUGCUGCUUGCAGAAAUA